UGGGGGCGGGGCCAGACGCCGGAGGUGCCGGGGGAGGAGGCUGCCGUGGGGGCCGGCUUGGAGUGGGAUUCGACCCGCGGCGCUGACCGACUGCUGGACCGACGGCCGACGGGCACCCGGGUCUGCGCGCACUGCUGCUCCGGGUCGCCCCGGCCGAGGCGCUGGCCACGGUAGACCUCAGGGAGGGCUCGGGCUGCCGGGCCGGGCGCCAUGUCCAUGGAGGACCCCUUCUUUGUAGUGAAGGGGACAUGAAGGAUCAGAUGUCAGCUUCAUCUGUGCAGGCACUGGCUGAAAGGAAAAACAGACAGGCACUCCUAGGAGACAGCAGCAGCCAGAGCUGGAAUGCUGGAGUGGCAGAUCGCUAUGGGCGCCUUGACCGGGAGCUGCAGCUAGCCAACUCCCACUUCAUCGAGGAGCAGCAGGCACAGCAGCAGUUGAUUGUGGAACAGCAGGAUGAGCAGUUGGAGCUGGUCUCUGGCAGCAUCGGGGUGCUGAAGAACAUGUCGCAGCGCAUCGGAGGGGAGCUGGAGGAACAGGCCGUCAUGCUAGAUGAUUUCUCUCACGAGUUGGAGAGCACUCAGUCUCGACUGGACAACGUGAUGAAGAAACUUGCAAAAGUGUCUCACAUGACCAGUGAUCGGCGCCAGUGGUGUGCCAUAGCCAUCCUCUUCGCGGUCCUGGUGGUCGUGCUGAUCCUCUUCCUAGUGCUGUGAUGGUGGCCCGCCCGCCUCAGGCACUUCUGCACGAGGACCCAGGGGAGAGGAGAAGCAAGCACUCCGCCACUUACAUUCCUCGCCCAGAAACACACCUCUACCCCGCCUCCUCUGUGACUCCAGCUUUGAGACAGCCCUCUCUCCCAGCGCUCAAAGGGCAAGCUUCGAAGAGGGAAGAGGUGACCAUGUGCCCGGCCGGAUAGCAGAAGCCCCGGCUGCCCACUCUUGCUGAGGACAGCAAGCCACUGCUUUGCCUUACUGGACCUCGCUCCUUGAGGAAGGAAGGACAGAGUCCUCAGAAGAACUGACAGCCCCACUUACUCCGUUGCUCAUUCUGCUGGUCUCUGGCAGCCUUUCCUUCUACUCAGACCCUUUUCCCUGCUUAGAUGGGUUGCCACUCUCCCUUCAGAAGAAGCCUGGCAAGAACGAGGGCAUCUGGGGAUGUACGUUUCCAUUGCUGUUAUGUUUCUUAGCCCCUGAGAGCUUGCUGUUUCUGAGAACAGAAGGCUCAGAAACACUUCGUGACAGAAAUGCAGUGUCUCAUUUUGCUGGGUAAGAGUUGAGAUUAAACUGCUUUUCCGGGUGUUUUUGUGGCAGGGAUAAGCAACAGGAAGUAGUGAAAUCCCUUGGGGCUGGGGGUGCAGAUGAUGAAAGGCUUUAAUAAACUGGGGCAGUUGAGAACAGCAGCACCUGUGUCGGUCUAGCCUAUUGAAGGACUGAUGGUAUCUCCCUGGGCCUGGCCAGAGCUGCUGACCUGCUCUGUCCCAGGGCUGUCUCCUCAGAGGUGCAGCUUGCAGACGUAGAGCCCCGAACAGCACAGCAAUGCUCAGCCAGGUGGGACACACCUUCUUCUCUGAUGCUUUUAUGCUGAUGGCACUCAGAGAUGAGGUAGGAGGGCCAGCACAUCUAUUACGCUUAUGCAGAAGCUGUCCUGACACAGAAAGGCUGCUUCUGAGCCAGAGGCCCCUUACUCUGUGAGUAAUAGCAUAGAUGGGGAAGAGAACUUGGUACUCUGCUCUCUAAGAACAACUUGACUUCAUCAUCCAUGGGAGUUACUGAGGGAGUCCAAAUUCCCUGACAGAUGGUUUAUUGGGUUGAAGUGGCUGAAACUGCUGACACUACGCUUCAGGCUUCGGGUGACGGUUCCCAUACCUCAGAUGUGCUCAUGAAUGUGGGAUUUCUUAUAAUGUCCCAAAUGCAUAGCCUGGUAUUAACAUAGCCGUCAGGGCCAGAGCCAGCCUUCCACGUUGGAGGCUGCCGCUCAGUUGUCCUCCGUGCUGGAAGAGCAGCACCUGGACAGCCUGACCUUUGACCUCUCUUGCUCUGCCUCUCUGUGCAUUCCUUAGCAUGCCAACUUUCAAAAAACAAAUCCUGGGUUAUUCAUAUUCCUUGGGAUUUUGACUUUUGGGUCCCCUUUUUGUUUUGUUUUAUUAUUCCCAAUGAUGUGCUUGCCCAGCUAACUUUCAAAUUGCACUUUUAAAUAAAUAUUUGUAACAAUUUUUAAAAGAAGGGUAUUUUAUCUUGUUUAGGAUCAUGAUAGGUAAGGAAAUCUACCUGUUGGUAAAAGCUAAAAGAUUAGUAAGACCAAAAGGGGGUCGGCACCGUGUCUGCGUGAAGCUCUGGUGUUAGAUACAGUGAUGUUAGUUCUUUUCAGAUGAAGAGAAAAUGUGAAUAGUACAAAGGGCUUCAAUAUAGGGUUCUGUGUUAUUUUUGUUUCACGAAAUUUUAAAGUUUUGAAUAGUCUUCUGUGAACAUAGACCAUGGGCAGGCCUCAGAUUUGCAUUAAAAUAUAGAAGCCUUUUGUUAAAAAUCAAUGUGGGCCUUGUCUGAGUACUGAAACCCACACUCCACAUUACAAAGCCGUGAACAGUCUAAGAAUUGAAAUCGCCGCACUUAAAGCCAUGUUCUCCGCUAGCAGAGGAGAGUCGGUCAGACGCAUUCAGAGAGUACUUCUUUAGUAAGGUUCCCGCAUGGUCAGGGACGAAGACUUGUGACUCUGGCUUUAAUUUUGUAGGAUCUAUUUUGAGUGCGUAUGGCAACCUCACUGAUUGAAGGUAUUGGCCUAACAGUGUUGUAGACCUGACACAGGCUGGGACUGAGCGUGGCGUGUCAGCAAGAAAGGAGCUGCUCGCGCAGGUGCUCCCGCCUGCACCUCAGUCCUGCGGCGGCCGGCUUAGUCCAGGCCAGUCACUGCAGAGCCAGGGCAAAGAGAACAAGGACAGACCUUUCUUCCGCAGUGACCCAGAGAGCUGAAGGUAUCCUUCUGCCAUAUGUCCUAGACUAGGGAAGGGAACACAGGGAUGGCCCACACUGCCUAGGAGUGUGUGUCUCUUACAGAUGUGCUCCCCAGCCCACUCUGCCUGCUGCUCUUGGUUUUGGAGCCAUCACAUUAAAGAACUGGUGGGAUAUAUAUGCUGGCUAACAAAAGAGCUUAGAGUGCUUACGGGAAGAACGCUUUUCCCAUCGACUGAGGAUGGGACGGAGGACAGUCCACUGAGAGCGCCUGCCAGAGCACGGAUCCCAAAAUACCUUUAGUUCUCAGCCCUCUGUUUUAAUCUUGUCUUUGUUUGGGCUGGGACAUCACAAUGCGAUGCCUGCCCUGGACUUCACAGUCCUGGCAAAUGGAAUUGUCAUGUAUGCCUGAGCACGCAUGUUGUGUUUUCCUCAAUUUCAGAAUUCACGCUAGAGCUGAAACAGGGAAACUUGGCAACUUGCCCAUUAUUCUCUGCUUUUAGCCAGAGUUAAACAGACUGAUGGGUCUGGUAGCCAACAGCUUGGCAACUUCCAUGCCUUCUCACCUCGUGCGGGUAAGGGCUGUGAAGAGAAAUCCAGUCUGAUUCCAACAGAAAUCUGUCUCUGUUAAGUGUUUUACCUUCUGUAAGUAAAGGCAGUGGAGCCAAGGGUUUUCUUUGGGUGAUUUCUCUGCCCACAGAGUGAGACCAGGGGGGCAUUCAUGGCACCUGCAGGCCCAGAGCUCGAGGGAGGGAUGGACUGAGUUCACCUCUGUGGACUUGGUGUGGCUUGGCUUCACCUUGUGCCACAAAGUGAAUUUGUAACCAAAACAGAGAUGGACUAUCUGGAAGGCAAGUUAUAGAACGUGGAGCACAGCAGCUGUCGCUUCCUCCCCCUCCCUCUGACUGCAUUGCCUCCCUCCCAAAUUGGUAGAAACGAUGGGCUUCUGUUUAUCUUUUUAAGGUGUAUUUUGUCCAUCGAGAGUAGAGAGAACGUAAAAUUGGAGUUCGCAAAUGUAUCAGCCCCUCACUGUGCGCCCCAGUCAAUUCCUGAAGAGAAGACUCUCCAACAAGGGGCUUUACUCGGCCACUGAAGACUCGGCCACAGGAUCCUCCCUGGACCCUCACAGCUGGGAGGGGCCUAGUAAGAUAGGAGGGGGUCUGUCUUAAAUGCCCUUACUCAACUGCCAACCUUCAAAAAGAUCUUACCCUGAAAAUGGCCUUUCUCUUUAAGAGUGAACAAUGGGGGAUGGGAAAGCCUGCUGCCAAACCAGUUGACCCGAUUGUGAGCCCCAGAACCCACCUGGUGGAGGAAGAGAACCACACCCACGAGUUGUCCUCUCCUCCACGUGUGCUGGAUUGUGGGCACACGUGCAAAUAAAUCACUAUAUAAAUGUACAGUUUUUAAAGAAAGGAUGAGAUUGGUCUGCUGUGUAUAAACGUGGGAGCCACUGUCACCUGUUUCUUACUAAUGCGCUCUGGGCAGCUUUACUGUCUGGUUUUGAUUCCAGAAAAGCGUGAGUUUGGAGUGGAACAGCUCCUAUGGCCUGAGCAGCAGGGCUCUGACCCAGGGGCUGUCCAUUGCAGAGGAUGAAUAGCCACUGCAGGCAGGACUUAGCCAUCGGGAGCCCUUUUAGGACAAGUCAAGGCACUUGAAGCUGGCCUUGGUGACAGAACUCAGAGUGAUGCUAACUUGAUUCCUCGGCAUGGCGUGUUUGCCUGCGGACAAACACUGAAGCUCUGAACGGUGCCUGUUCAGGUGGCUGCUGACUGGCUGCAUUUGGAAAUCCUCCAUAUGUUAUAGCUUCUGCCAAGUCAGCUGUCAGGGCAGGGUGAGAAAGAAGAGAACGUGAGAGUGUGUGUGUGUGUGUGUGUAUGUGUGUGCGUGUGUCCCUGCCAUCAGCUAACACGUUGGUGCUAUUUUUCUUCUGACGUGACCUUAAUCCAGACAUGCUCUUCCCCUAGCAGUGCACAUUGGCUGCUCAGGCAGUGCCUGCCCCCCGCUGGGGCCUCACAUGAACGUUUCAUGGACCUGGUUUGCCCACUGCGGCCAGAGCUUUAUGAGGAAGUGUAUUUUACAGUCUGUCUUCUUAUGGCUAUGAAUUUUCUUCUGAAAGGCCACUUGGCUCUCAGGGGCUUUGAGAAAUAAGACCACCGUCAUCACUGUUAGCUGAGCAGAUAUCUGGGCCCUGCCCCUGCUCCAUCUGCGCUUUCCUGAGCCCUGGGGUGGGACCAAGAUCAAGCUUUGCCUUCCGUGUCAGCGGAGAUUCCGCUGGGAUCCAUGUGUGGACAGCGAGGAGGACCCUGAAGCUGAGCUCUGGCUGGAGAGAAGCAGGUGUCUUUAUUCCCAGGGAAAGCAGAGUGUCUGUGCCCUGGUUGUCUGGGGGCAGGGCAGCCGGCCACCCACUGACAAGGCUCUGGAAUUGCUUUUCUGUUUUGCUCUGCUUUUUUCUGUUUUUGAACUCUAGACCUCGUGCAUACAGCACACUGAGUACCACUGAGUCCCACCCCGGCUUUGGCAAGUGCUCUCAGCUAGCUCCCUGUGACUUCUUCCUGACUGGCCCAGGCUGGACCUAACCCUCAGCAUGCUAGCAGAUAUGAGGGCCAUCUAGGAAACCGUCAAAGGAACCCAGCUGCAGAUGAUGGCAGAUUUGAUUUUAUAAGUAGAAGUAGCCUCCAUGGCUUAUUUUAAUGCAGAAAUGGAACUUAUAAGUGGCAAAAUAGUGGGAAAGAAACCCUUAUAUAUUUUCCCAAGGUUAAAUACUUUUACUUUUAAAUAAUAGGACGUACACACUGGUGUGGGGUCAGGGUCAGAACUUUACCUGGGCAUCUUACAGGUGGCACAUCCCCACAGCAUGGUAAGAGUGAACCAGAUCCCUGGGACCAGAGUUUUGUCACCUCUGCCACAGGUAGGUUUAUGUGGUGGCUCUCCCAGGGUGAGAAGCUUGCUAGAGAUGCAUUUUUUUUUGUGGAGUCGUUAGGAGAGGAGGCUAGCACCCACAACCCCUGGUUCCAGUGCACACCGUUGAGGACCAUUGCUUCUACAUUGCUCUGCAUCUACAGGGAACGUUCCUCAAAGAGGCGUGCCUGCUCGGUUGGUAACCCUAACAUCUGAUGACAUCACACACGUGAAAACUGCUAAGACACACUUGUGUAAGAUAAACUCCAUGAAAACUGCUAAGACACUUGUGUAAGAUAAACUCCAUGAAGGUGACAUUCUACACCUUGCAGUCCACUUCUUUCUUCUGCUCCUCAAGUCCUGCUGCAGCCGAGCCCUGUGACGGGAUUCUGUUCAGUAUUAAAGCAAGAUGGAGACCUGA